CGCGUCUAUUUUUGACCUGGACAAUUGCCUCUGGCUGCUCAACUGAUCUCGCUGAAAAAAACAAUGCCACCCUUCCGAGUGUUGAUCGCCGGGGGCAGCAUCACCGGGUUGUCCUUGGCGCUUAUGCUAGAGAAAAAUAACAUCGACUUUCUGGUACUCGAGGCAUAUCUCGACAUUGCGCCUCAGGUUGGUGCUUCAUUGGCCUUACAGCCUAUUGGACUCCGGAUUCUCGACCAGCUUGGCUUCUGUGAUGAACUUUUGGAACAUGCGCAGGGCCACACAGUACAGGAAAGUAUUUACCGAAGCCCAAACGGCGAGAAGAUGUGGGAGGCCAGCAAGCUUAGUGACGAGAUGAGCAAACGACACGGGUAUCCGAUAGCAUUUCUGGACCGACAAACGGUGCUUCAAACGCUAUACGACAAAGUUCAGGAUAAAAGCAAGGUCCUGACGGGAAAGAGGGUACAGACUAUAGACAAUUCUCACCCGUCCAUGGUAAACGUAAUUACGACAGACGGAUCAAUAUACAAUGGUGACAUUGUCGUCGGUGCUGACGGUAUUCAUUCAGCUGUUCGCCAGGAGAUGGCACGUUUAGACGUAGAUACGGGUCGAGAUUACUUAGAGGAAGAAUCAAUCUCUGCAACCUACUCCUGUGUCUUUGGGAUUUCACACCGCACUCCCGGGAUUGAUCCUUGCACCCUUCAGGACGUAUUCAACGAGAAAUUCUCUUAUCUUAUUGCUGACGGGCCCGGCGACCGUACCUAUUUCUUCCUGUUCGAGCACUUGGGUAAGGUGCGAUUUGGCCAGGAAAUCCCUCGACUCACAGAUGCAGACAGGGAUGAAAUUGUCAGCAGACACCUUGAUGAUCUGAUCACCUCAGAUGUCAAAUUUGGUGACAUUUAUGCACGUAGAAUUAGGUCCGGGGUUACUCCACUGCAGGAGCAUGUAUACAAACACUGGCAUUAUGGAAGAAUAAUUGCGCUUGGGGAUGCAAGCCAUAAGUUUCAUCCAUUAACAGGGCAGGGGGCGAACUGCUGCAUAGAAACAGCAGCAUGCCUCACCAAUGGCCUUGUGAGGCUACUACGCUCUACACCUCCUGAUAAACAGGUCCCAGAUGGGGAGCUAUCUGAUAUGUUCGAAACAGUUCAGCGGACACGCCAGCCGAGGGUUCGUCAGCUCAUCGAGAUAGCCCACAAGCGUCAGAAGCUCGAGGCUAUGGACACACCCGAGCUAAAGUCGUAUGUUGCUACGAGGAUACCAAGACUCCCAACAAAGGUUGUGUAUAACGAAUGGUUAAAGACCAUUCCACAGGCAGUGUCUCUGGAUAUGCUUCCGUUACCAACAAGGCCACACAGAGUCCCCUAUCAUGAUGAGCUAGAGACCCAGGAGACCAAGCAUGCCCGCGAGGGAUCGAAAUUAUAAUGAGAAGUGUGUCUCGCGUCUAUGUGGGCUUGUAUAAAGAUGACCUUUCAAAGGCUAAAGAAGCCGUUCGCGAUACCGAUCGGUCCUAUAGACGUUUGUUAUGCUGGCAGACACGAGGAAAUUUCUUCUAGACCGUAUCUUUUGAAUUAAAUAUAUAG